CCGCAGCCCCACCACACUAAAAGGCUUGGAUCUUUCCACCGCCGCUACAUUAGGAAAUCCCCUCUUGCCCUGCCCCUCCAUCAACACGUCAACCUCCAACAACCCACAACCUCCACUCACUCUACUUCAAGAUGAGUGACUCCCAGCCUCCCAGCUUCCUGGACCUCCCACCGGAGCUACGAGUUCAGGUCUACCGCUACCUCGUUCUGUCGUCUCUGGCAGACGGGAAACCUCAUCAUCUCCGUGGCCUUUACUUGUCAUGCCACGAGGUCAAGAGCGAGAUGGAGAACGACUUCAUUCACAAAGCGCGUCCGCUAUUUGAAGCACAGCGACUCUCUCUUCUGGGGGAUGGGCCACUUCGCAUCGAGAUAUCAAACGAGCCCCGCUUUAUGUCUGCCUCUGUCAAUAUUACCAUGGUCAAUCCGAUAAAGUGGGGACGGGAUCAACCAUCAUUCAACGAUGACCUCUGCACGGCUCUGUAUCGAGCAUCUGCGCUACCCUGCUCCACGAUGACCCUUACCUAUACCUAUACCUUAUAUGGGGAAUGCAUGCGAGAGUCCAGAUUGUUCAGCAAUCUACGAGCAUUCUUGUACAAGUUUGGAAAAUAUCGAGAAGAAAAUAAUAAUACGGGCACCUUCAACAAUGUCGAUCGCCUGGUUAUAUAUCUAGGUGCGGGUUAUCGUUUCAAGGGGGGAAGAUGCCAUAAAGACGCAACGUAUGUAGCAGCCAUAUUCCGAGAUUACCCCGAGACAUCGCACAUGAGGAGGUGGAGCCUUGUUGAGAACGGAAUCGGCGAACAUAGGGUGUGGUCAGUUGGCAUCGACUUCAAGGACGGUCUCCAAAGGCUCCACGGCGUUGAGGUGGUUGGUGAGGUUUUGAAAGAUGGAGUUUGGGUUGUGAUGAAGCAAGGCGAGGUCUUCGCCACUAUGCAAGAUUGAAGACAGAU